UUGAAGUAAACAGUGUGUAUUUGAUUGUGUAGUAUUUUAUUAAAAUAUGGCUAAAAAUAAAUAAUUAAAUAGUGUUAUUGUAGCCUAAAAUACUACAAAUUGAAAAUGUGGCCCAUCCUUCUCAACAUGACGCGAGACGAAUGUCGUCAAACGCUGCGAAGACUCGAACUUGAAGCCUACUCGAAUAUGAUGAGUGUGUUUAGGGCUCAAGGAGCAUUGGAAGACAACAGAAAAAAGUUACUCGAGGAACUACGCGCCGUGUUACAUAUAAGCCGUGAUCGACACACUGCUGAAGCGCGUCGCGUAUCUAACGAUGAGCUUUUGGCUACAAUAGCUGAUCAGUUAGCAGGGCCAAACACAGGAUUAGGAUGGAUAAGUGAAGGUCGAAGAUUAGUACCCCUUUUACCUCGGGGUAUUGCUCAGACUAUGUAUACUGAGGUAGCCGAUAAAGCUGCUGAAUCUAGCGCAAGUGAAAAUAUUGACAUUAAAAAGAAGGUUGAAACGGAAAAUUUUGUUCCUAAACUGAGUGAGGAUGAAAUUGAGACAUCUGAAGAUUUUUGUGAAAAUCAACAAAGUGAGCCAAUGGACGAAACCCUUUAUCCUCCCGUUGCAACAGAAGAUCAGAGUAGUAAAGUAUGGGAAACAGAACUAAUAUGUAGAAAAAGGAAAAUACCAGAAAGUAACUCCAUUUCUGAAGACUCCACCACACCAGUGAAAAAUGUGAGGAAUAUACCUGCAAAUUCAAACCAAAAACAUUUGAACUUGUCACAAGUGUACUCCAGAUUUUCUCAAUCAACAGGUAAAUCAUCUGGUCAUUCCAAGCAUUCUUACAACCAAGUAAGUAAAGUGUCUACAACUAAAUCACAGAGCCAUCGUUCUGUUCAUCAUAAACCACGUGCAUACAAGCAGAGAAACCUUUCCCAUGCUAAAAUGCAAAAAAAAUCUCAAGAGACAAUACCUAGAUCUCCUCAGAGUCAACAGUUGAACCCCGGCCAAUUGCAGCCCGAGUACUCAAAGUCCCCCAGUACUUUCCAGAGUACUUUCUCACAAACUGUUCUCGGGAAAAUGAAAUCUGAAUACAUAGACGAAACUAAGUCUAAAAUAAUACCAACCACUCAUGUAGCAUCUGACAUAUCAAAAACGCCCCAGCACUCGACAGCACAUACUGAACCCUUAGAAACAACCCACGAAGAUGAUUCAACGUCUUAUUCCCCUACACAAGACACAGCACCGUUGAAGCAAAACAUAGGUGGAAAACAUUGUCAGCUCCUUGUCAAGAAACGUAACGAAAUACCAGAAGAGAAGAAAAUACAAAUACAAGAUUUCAAAAUUAUUCAAAAGCCAACCGAAGGGCUAAAGGUGAUAUCCAAUCGUCAAGUGAUGGUCGCCCCGAGUUCUGCACAGAGAGUUAACACUGCGGCAAAACUGGUCACCACUAAAGUUGUAAGCUCAGUUUCUAGACCGCGAUCGUCGAAUACCCCUCUAAUAUCCAGAGAUAAAAUGAUAGUUGUGUCGAAACCUUCCGGCGAAAAUAGGUUUGCUGGCGCAAAAAUGGUAGUUACGUCAUCACCGAUGACUACACCCUCUAAAGAUCUCUCACUGAACAGCUCCAUAACAAAUAAAACGUCGGAUGCGUUAACUCCGAAAGGUAUUCCUGCUACAGAUUUAAAAGUUUCCGCAAAAACUUUUGUCGUCAACCCGAAAUCGGGUCAAAAGAUGGUCGUCGUUCCCGCCAAGGGUGGUAAAGAAGGGCAAAUUCCUCUAUUCCACUUUAAAGGCAUGCCGACUACCAUGAAAUUAGUAUCGAUGGCCUCCUCCCAGCCUGCCGCCGUUUCGAAAUCUAACACUGCGCCUAAACCUACAGUCAUUAGCACUUUACCUUCUAAUACAAAAAAUAUUAACGUGGAGCCCAUAAAGACAGCAAAUUUAGCCGAUAUCGUACCCGUGAAAGGGUUGACUCCUGCUACCACACCUAAAAUCACGAAUCCCAUCGUACGACCGGUGACAAAAGGAAACGUUAUCGUUAUUACAAAGGGAUCCACGAUCGGUAAAGCUGUGUCGUUCACUAAAAACGGUAAUGAUAUGUCAAAAAUUAUAAUGGGAAAAAAUGUAAACCAAUUAUUACAGGCUAACAAGCCUGACAAAGCGGAGCAGGGCAAAACGGGCAACGUAAUCGUUUUAGAACUGAAUAAUGAACAGACGGGUCGCACCACGACCAUGUCCGAAAUACUGGACAGUCGUAGCACAAAUGUUCCAAAAACGGAUCAAAAUAGAAAACCUACCGACCUGCAAAUCACUCAGGAUACUCCAGUUCUCUUUGAAAGUCAAAUAAACGAUGACGCUUGUAACGCGACCAGCUUAGAUUCGGCUCAGAUCAUAGGAGACAUGAGGUCUAUCGAAGGUGGGAACAUAUCCUUAAUCGACAAAGACGAUGUAAAUAAAUCUAAUUUUAAUAAAGAAAACAUAGGUAUUAAAGAUGAUUCUAGUAUUGCCGAUUGGGACAUGGAAUUAGCGGCAGCUGUACCGACCAAAAGUAAAGAUCCUAUUGAAAAACUGAACUCCUUGAAUCUAGACCUCGGCAUGUCCAGCGACAGCGAGAGCGAGUUCAUUAUGGACGGACAUAAAAUUAAAACUAAACACUCGCAUUCGCCUCAGGACAGAAUACAAAGCGCGACGCCGACUGGCGUCGACAGCGAACGAUAUAGCUCCAGUUCGUUGUCACUGGCGACCAGGACGCUGCUCAGCCAGCUACAGGAUGACGGGUCGUCCAGCAACGACUCGUCCUUCGCUCUGAGAACGAAAUCCUCCGAGAAAUUCAAGGGUACGGAACUAAGAAUCGAUAAAACCGAAUCGGAGGCGCUCUCGAAAGCUAAAGCGAAACUGUCGGAGAAAGUAGCAGAGGCGAAAUCUCAACAGAAGCGAAUCGACGUCUACAGCACGGCCAUAACGACCUCCGACAUCAACUUGGAUUCAUUUUCGUAUUUGGAGGAAGGUCUGAUGGCAGGGGACGACGAAUUCGCCAGCGACGGCAAACGUGACAUCCGACAGACGCCCGACGCAUUGGACGAUCAGUUAAGUCGAUUACUCGGGGAGGAUUCCGCUAACUCGACAGACUCGCAUAUUGUAAGUGAAAGCUUGUCCUUGAGUAAAUCUUGAGCAAUAACUUAGUUAAAUUCUUACGUAUAAUGGACAAAGUCGGACAUAUAAUGUGAAGUGUUGACAUGACAAUGAAAGUGCAAGCAAAGUUAUUAUCAUUGUAUUUUUAAUACAUAUUUCUAUUGCACAUAACACAUAUUUUGAUAAAGCCUCAGGCUAAAUAAAAAGUGAAGCUGCACACUACAUGCCCAAGUGUCAGUAUGACACAGUAACGUAAAUGUGAUACUGUAUGUAGUGGCGUAUGGCGAGGGGUAGUUUGAGAGACCUCAAUAUAUGGUUUGCGACUCGUGAGACUCGUCUGUACUCUCUUGUAUGGUCUGAGGAUACAGCUUACUAAGUUGUCAUUUUUAUAAAGAGGCUAAAUUGUAUCUGAGUAAUAAUUACUUAUUUUUUUGUACUUGUUGGUUUUAACUAAUGUUGCCUCUGAACACAUAAUAUGACAAUAAAAUGAUUCAACACAAUUAUAUCAAUUAAAAAUCAUUGUGGGGCUUAACACCCUGAUAACAAUGUGUCCAAUUUUUAAAUUUGUUUAAUAAAAUAAAAUAUUAUGGAACAUUGCAUGUCUAAAAGCCUGACAAACUUAUGUGUACUAUAAGGACUUUAGGAGCAGCUUAAAUAAUAAAGUUGAAACUGCAGUUAGAUGAAAGAUAACAAUCUAACCAUAGGCAGUGAGCAACGCAGCAGUGCAGGAGGCAUGCCGCUUAGCACUUUUAAGGUCCCAAGUAAUGGAUAGACACAAAAAUGAUUUAUCACCUCUGGAACAUAAAAUAUUUAUAAUCAGAAUUACUAAAUACUCUGAAGCAGGGCUUGGAAACCGGUAUUUUUUUGAACCGGUUUGACGAAUUUACCCACGGAACUUUUUGAAAAAUCUUCCGUCAUCCUCUAAACCGGAUUUUUUAAUAUGGGUAUUUUUAUUAACCGGUUAUAAUUUUCAAUCCCGGAAAUGAUUUGAGGCCCAUGUUCAUAGAACGUGCGUAAUGGUCGACCAUACUAUUCACACUGAACAGACUGAGCAUUGCGAGCGCGAGCGACGUACACAGCAAAUAGAUACCUACUUCGAUCAAGUCGCGACUCGCUGUCGAUCUUACUAUAAACCGGUUUAUUUAGGUUCCAAGUAUCAUUCCUAUUUGGUUCCGCUCCAGAACGAAACCGUAUGACAAAAUUGGUUUAACCCUUAAAAUACCGGUUAAUGUUGAACCGGUUUCAAGCCCUGCUCUAAAAUCUAAAGAGAAUUAAUGUAUUUGUUCCUGCUUUUCUUAUGAGUUUUGGUACACACAGAGUCCGGUGUUUUAUGGUGAUUUUGUCUGUAGUAUUUUCCGAAUAAUGCUUUUGAUUCGCUAACUAACUUGUUUGCGUUAGCCAAUCAAAAGUAUUAUUAGAAAAAAUUACAAGAAAUCCACCUGUGAGAAGGGUUUAUUACAAAAAUGACUAGCCUAUCGAGUAUGAAAAAUACCAAUGGGAAUUUAAGAUUUUACUAUCUAAGAAACAUACUACAAUAGCAAAAUUGUUUUUUUUUUGUAAUAAUUUAUAAACGAUACACUAUUUGUUACGUUUAAAUAGUUUUGGUGCAUGUCACCCUAUGUAAGAUUGGUGCAAAGA